GAUUAAAGUAAGAAACAAUCUUUAUUCAUUUCACUCGUGUCUCAUGCCAUGUCUGGCCAUAUUAGUGGUUUGUUGGAUUACGAUAUGAAUCCUGUUACAGCACAGUAUAUUUUAUUUACCUCAUUACAAAAACUUGAUCAAGCUAAACGUUCUCGUGGAGGUAUUAGACUGCGUCAUAGUCUUAUGAUCACUGUAACUGCACUGAAAGCUAAACAACUUUUAUGGGGUCAAAAUCAAUCAGUUCACGAAAAUGAAUACAUGUCAAAACCUCAUUUACGUGAUGACGAAUAUGAGACUGUUCACUUGGCAUGUCAUGUGUAUGACCAGCCAGUUUCAAAUCAAGGACUUAAUGAGUUCUCCUAUCUCCGCGAUCCAAAUGAACCUUUCUUUCCCCCACCAGUGGAUGAAAUGAUGGAAGUCGACAGUACAGAUUUAGUCAAUACUCCAUCUAAACGAUUACGUCAUGAUUACACAUUCCCUUCAUCUCCUUCAGCAGUACCAUCAUACAAUGAACCUUAUCUAGUCAGUAUUAAAUAAACAAAACAGGUUUCCAUCAUAAUGUUGAUCGAAAGGUUUACCUCCAAUAUUUUUUUCUGUGAUACAUUUUAUAAAACAAGGACCUUGCUUUCUUUUAAUCUUAUACUCUGCCUUCAGUAUCUAUUUUUUCCUUCUCUGUUUUUAUGUUAUAUACAAUACUUCUUCUUUGCAUAUGCCAAAAAAUUAAUUAUCAGCUGUUUGUCAGCUAGAAAAGUAAUUAUGAACUCUUGAAAUGCAGAGUAUUAUUUUCUAAUUUUCUCUCUUAUUGAAUAUAAUGAAAACACUUUCCUGUACAAUUCUCAUCAAGUUCUUAUUUUAUUCCAAGACCUUUCUCUUGUAUUAGAUGACCAUUGUACAUAUUUUUUCUAAAUUUAAAUAUCGAAC